CGUGAAAUCACUGUUAAUGCAACAAGUAUAUACGCAACGUGGAUAUUCCCGAUCGCUUGUCGCUUACUGGUUUUUUCCUGUAUAAGGAAACAAGUUGAAAACAGAUAAGAGUGGACAACUAAUAUAAAUCGAAAAGCAGCUUACCAAAGACAGUCAUUCGGUUGUUCUUUCGAGUAUCAUUAAAACGUUUUCAUUUAACUUCUACUCGUUUUUGAACUUGGAUUCGAUAUCGCACGGAUACAAUCAUGAAAUAUAUUUUUGCACUUGUGCAAGUAUUGACCAUGAUUUGGUUGGUCGCCUUGGCAUUCCCGCAAAGAGACUGGUCGGGCAACGUCGUCGAUGACUCCAUAAUAUUUGAUAAUAAUGAUGAGGUGAACAGCAGCACACCACCAAGCAGCACCACGCAAGGGACAAUAAAUAAUAACAAUAAUAAUACUAAUACUAAUAAUAAUAAUAAUUGUCCAUGUAUCGCGACUGCUGAAUACAACCCGAUAUGCGGCACCGAUAACGUAACCUACUGGAAUAUAGGAAGAUUUAAUUGCGCGAAAAAUUGUAAUCCACAACUUGAGAUAAGAGUCAUCAGGGCUUGUGAACCUUACAUCCAGCUGAGUAGUAAUUGAAUAUCAUAUGGUCCGCCAUCACUUCUAUAUGAUUGAUAAACAUCACAUAUAGACUUAUAUACAACGUCUAUUAGAGGAAAUUUCUGAUAUCGCAAACUAUUAAUUCCUGACCAUCAACAUUUCGCAAACUUUAUGUGUUAAUAAUGUAUUCGAUGUAUUCCAUUACAUUUUAAAUGUAUGCAUUUUUAAUUUGUAAUUGCUAUUACGUUAUGUAAAAACUACGGCUUACUGAAUAU